AUGGAUAGAGAGCCACCAAAGGACUUGGCGGUGAUCCCUAGCCAGCUGCCGAUAGUAUCGGUGCCUGCGACCAAGCCGAUAGAGUUGAGCAACGACUCGAUUAAUGCAUUAGCUGGCGCUACAGCGGGGCUUGUUGCCGGCGUGGCGGUGUGCCCAUUAGACGUUGCCAAAACCAAACUGCAGAUCCAGGGCUCGUUCAAACUAGCAGAAGAUCGGUCGAGAUACCGGGGUAUUGUCGGCACAAUUCGCACAAUUGUCACAGAGGACGGCUUUAGAGGGCUCUAUCGCGGGCUGACUCCCAUGGUUGUAGGAUACCUGCCGACGUGGGCGAUCUAUUUCUUUGUUUAUGGCAAAAUACAAAAGCCGGGGAAAGACUACGCUGUUACGCACACUAUGCUGAGUGCUGUAGUUGCGGGCGCGAGCUCGACCCUGUGCACGAACCCGAUCUGGGUGAUCAAGACCAGACUCAUGGCCCAGGGACAACAUACCGCAUGGCAGUACAAGGGAAUUUUCGAUGCUGCCCGUCAGAUUUUUCAAAAAGAGGGCCCCCUGGCCUUCUACUCCGGUCUGGGGUCGGCUCUGCUGGGACUACCGCACGUUGCAAUCCAAUUCCCGACAUACGAGUAUCUGAAACGAAAGCUAUACUCUCCGUCGGCGCCCGACUGGUUUCAAAUUGUCACCUACCUCGGUUCGAGCGUUUUAUCCAAAAUCAUUGCAUCUUCUAUCACUUAUCCCCACGAGGUCGUGCGGUCCCGCCAGCAAAUCUCGGGAGCUCUAGGCGACCAACGCUACAGCACUAUAUUGAAAACGGUGGUUGCUCUUUACCGCAACGAGGGCUGGCGUGGAUUUUAUGCCGGGCUCGGCACCAACAUCUGUAGAGCAGUGCCCGCCAGCGCAGUGACCCUAAUGACCUACGAAACAGUUUCGCACUUUUUGCGCAAACGGUAUUUAUGA